AUGGAAAUGAUACCUUUAUCAGCUAGUGAUCUCAUACUUGCCGCGGCUGUUGCUGUAGCUCGACAACGUCAAGUCAACGCUUCACUCAGCCAGCCAGCUACAGAUACCACUAGUGAUGCUCAGUUUUUAACGGAACGAAGUGAUGCGCCUAUGAUCAUAGAGAGCGAUCUCGACCUUGUAAACGAGGAAGCUGAUAGGCGGGCUGGCAUUGUACGGCCAUCACGGCAAAGUUCGUUAAGAAAGAGCUAUAGCAUUCGCAGUCGACGAGGUCAAAGCACUCAGCGUCCUUUGAGCUGUACGCUGUCCAGUUGUGCAGAGAGUCGUCCUAUAGACCUGCAGAAAUGUUUGCAACUCUACGUGGUUGAUGCUGUAAAAUUGCUUGAAUGCUUGAUACAACGUGGUUAUGAUGAAGUGUCAACACUCAUGAUCGAAUUUAUUAACACAGUUAUGAGAACUUUCUUGAGAAACCCAAAGAACAUGUGUGAUUUUAGUCCGGCUUGGCUACAGACUAAAGAGGUGCUACGUAUUAUCUGUGAAACACCGACCAGUGUGGAUGUCCUUUGCGCCUUGUUAACAACCAUUCAAGAAUUGAGUUUGCGUUAUCUGAAAACGAGAGCAGAGGAUGCUAUUCAAGAUACCGAGUUUAUUUCAUACGCUGUAAAUCAAAUGUGUGAUCUUUCCAAUCACAUCAAUCAACGCAUGCAACAAUGUCAACGAAGAAAAGCUUACGGACUACUUUUCUAG